CCACGUCAGCUGGACAUAUAAGGCUGCAUAGUCUCCAAUGUUGAGGCACAAUUACUCCAAAAACCGUAACAUUCAAACCACGGUUGAGUAUUUUCUUUCAGAAUGCAACACUUGUUCGUCUUCGCGCUCGUCCUGAGUGGCGGCGUCUUAAUCGCGGUUGACGCUCACGGAAGGUUCAUGAAGCCUCCAAACCGUUCCUCGAUUUGGCGUGUGCCCGAAUUUGCUGGACAAAAUCCACCCCCAAAUUACAGCGAUAACGAGCUGUACUGUGGUGGACUGCAUCAGGCUGACAAUCCAGGGAACAACUGUGGCGUUUGUGGCGACUCUUCGUCCACCUCAGCUCCACGACCGAACGAGAUUGGAGGCACGUUUUACAGAGGCAUCAUCACGGGAGACUAUUCGGCUGGCCAGAUCAUCGAUAUUGAAGUCGAGUUGACCGUGAGCCACUUGGGUGCGAUGGAAUUCCGCCUUUGUACCAACCCACAGACCGAAAAUCAGGCCUGUUUCAACCAAAACGUGCUCCGAAUUGCUGGCGGUGGACCCGGUUCCGGGACGACCAAACUGCCCGCUGGGCCGACAGGAUUGAUGCGAUCAAAGCUCCAACUUCCCUCCGGAGUUAGGUGCAACCACUGCAUCAUUCAGUGGAAUUAUCGCGCCGGAAAUAACUGGGGUGACUGCGGAAACGGCACGUCGGCCACGGGAUGCGGUCCCCAAGAAACGUUCCGUGGGUGCUCGGAUAUCCGAAUUCGUUAAAAUAUGGACUUUACACGGAUUCAAAUCGAGUUAUGCUUCUUGAUAAAUAUUUAUGUAUGUGUAUUACACCUUUUCUUGCUUGGUUAGAGUAAAGUAUGCAAAUUUACCAA